CCGGAGCGUUUCGCCGUUCUUGUCGCUUCCAAGUUCUGAGUUAUCUCGUUCUACAGUUUCCGUGGGCCCUGGGUUUGCGGUCUUUGUGGAUGGUCGAAACUGCUGCCGGGGAAGCCAUCAUGGAAAACUUGCGCAAGUACUACACCGUAAUAUACGCUCAGUGUUUCUCCCCCUGCAACAAGUACCUCGUGGCGGCCAGCAACUACGGGGAGAUCGCGAUCUUCGUCGCUUCCAACUUCUUGUCAACCGCCUACGGCAACGAUGACGAAGAGAGCUCAUCUUCGAGGGAACCGUUCUUCAAGUUCACCGCGCACUCCGGCAGCAUCUUCGCGCUGGUCACAUGCGAUGACUUUCUCAUCAGCGGCGGGAGCGGUGAGAUCUUCGCAUGGAACUGGGACAAGCUGAAACGAAGGACCGCCGAGAAGUCCUGGGCUCUCAGCAUCCCUCAGGGCGAGAGCAUCGUCCAACCCGAAGUGAACGCCCUGGUUCUUUCGGGCAAGGACUCGGACCAGAGGAUACUGAUCGCCGGCUGCGGGGACAACAAGGUCUACGUGUGGGACGUCGAGACGAGGACGCUGCUGUCGACGCUGUCGCGACACACCGACUACGUCCACGACCUCGCGCUGGCGUCCAACAACACGCAGCUCUACUCGGCGGGUGAGGACGGCUCCGUCCUGUGCUGGGACGUGCGGAGCCUUCAGCGCGAAGUGUUCCACAUCGAACCCUUCAAGCAGGAAGAGUUGCAGCGUCCGCGGUUCGGCAAGUGGAUCGGUUGCGUAGCCCUCGAAGCUGGCGACGAGUGGUUGCUGUGCGGAGGCGGCCCCAACCUUUGCCUUUGGCACGUCCCCACGUCCUCUCCAGCGACGCCGCUCGUGGAGCUUGCGAGGCCCGCAAACGUCGCCCACUUUUACGAGGACAUGAUUGUCGCCGGAGGCGGGGAGCCGAACCUCUACCAUUGGGACUUCAGCGGCCAGCUCAAGGCCAAGAUCGACACGUCGGCGUCUAGCCUGUACAGCGUCGUCUUUCAGCUCAACCCGCCGCACAAGGGACUCUGCGCUGCCGGUUCGAGUUACAAGAUCGAAGUGUGCACAAACUUCCUCUACAGGGACUUCUCGUUGCACUUUUGAAGUGAACCUUUUUGCUGCCUCAUCACAUUCUCGUGACGUCAUCAUUAAAUGCCCCCUCAUUGUCAGA